GUAUGCGAGUUCCCAGGUCGGAAUUGUGGAACGAGCGUUUGGUGCCGCCUGAGUGUCUGGAGCUCGCAGUCAACGAGAGAGUCUUCAAUGCCAUUUGGAGGGAAUCGGGAACACCAUCAUCGGCGACUGUGGCAGGUCGGUUGUGUGAUCUUAAUACACAAAGACAACGUCUUGUUAUUUUAAUUUUUCACCCUAUACUAUUAUUAUUAUUACGCGUCACAUCCUUUUUUAUACAUCACCACUCUCUGUUACUCGCAAUCAACGAGUCCUUGGGUGUUAGUUGUCCAUCUCACACCAACAAAUCAUACCUAAGCACUCCGAUAUAUAUUAUUACUGCACUAUUGUUGUUGUUGUUAUUGUUAAUAUUACUGUUAGUAUUGUUGUUAUCACCGCAAUCAAAAAUCAUUGCGCAGAAUUACAAAUUCAGAUAAGCUAGUGGUCUUUAAAAUUUUAAAAAUUUUAUCGCCACCAACCUGGAAGAUAUAUAUACUAAUAAUAUCAAUAGGUUUAUGAACAAUGUAUUAUUAUUACUAUGACUAUUAUUAUCAUUGAUAUAAAUACUUACGCGUUACGAUAAAUAAUUGGAUUAUUAAUCACGGGAGCGAUUAAUAAAACAAAAGUAAAGAAAGAAAAAAAAAAAACAAACAUAAGAGAGUGCGUAGAUAUGCGUACUGUUGAAAACGUGAUUGGUACUAAAACGAAUACGGUUGAACCUGCGGUAUCUGGUGGCACGACAAUGCGCGGUAGCAUUGUCGAGGACUGUGUUGUUGUGGAGGAGUGCAGCGUUGCGGCCCACGUUGGAUCCAGGACAAUUGGUGCUGCUGUUUAUCCAGGUAGACCUGGAUUUCCACCACCAGAUAAUAACAAUAAUAAUGAUCAUCACAGAAAUCUCGAGGCCACCGAACAUCUCAAUCAUCAUAAUGAUCAUCACUCAUGGAACAAGUGGCAGCUUCAUACGCCCAGUGGCGAAGACGAUUGUGAAAAAGAAUUUACCGGUCAUCAAUUACCGGUUGAUAUAUCUAGUAGUGAACAAAAUCAACAUCAUCAACGUACAUCAUUAUCAUCAUCCACAGAAUUAAUUUGCACAGAUCGUGGCUCUGUUACCACUGCAAUCACAACGGCUUCCACAACGACCACUGGCACUGCAUUCACAGUUGCAUCAAGUAUGCUUCUGCUACAAACACAGAGCCCAUUUGGCUGCGGCAGUUUUGCUGAUUUACUCAGUGCACCUUACACUGAUCCUACGGAUACAGGAAGUCUUACUGAAGAAUUAGAACCCUUUCCAGAGUUACAGUUAGGCAAUUCUCAGUCUGUAACAGCAACACAAGACGAUAUCACCCAAUCAAAUCUACAUCAUCAAAUGCAAUCUCGAUCACUACCUGGAGAUCUACAAACAGAUUCAUUGAGCCCAACUCCACUACCCAGUUUCCAAGAGACGUACACCGUUCAUCAGCGCUACACACGCCAAGAACUCCAGAGUCUGGAUAUCAAGAUGGAUGACGAGUGUUUCGAUGCUCUUCAGUAUGCUUGUGCAGACACUCCUUACACUGCUGAAUUCAAUGCUGCUAUUCCCUAUCAUCCUCAACAACAGCAGCAACAGCAUCACCAUCACCAUCAUCAGCAAUCCCAGCAACAUCACCAGCAACAUCAAAUGAUGCAUCACCACCAACAGCAACUCUCUCAUCAUCAUCAUCACCACCAUCGUCAAGACAAUCAUCACCACCAAAAUAUUCCGCCAACGUUGACACCACCUCCAGUAGCAGUGCCAAUUCAAUCAGUAACAGCGAUGGCUAUUUCACCAUCGCCACCAUCACCUUCACAACCAACUCCGCCACCUCCUCCACCACCACCACCUCCACCGGGUUAUUUUUCCGCGAUUACGUCAAAUCACGGUGCCCAAAUGCAGUCAGCUGGUAAUUUACACCAGAGAGACAUGUCUGGUGGGUUUACAAACGUACCUAUACCUGCUUAUGGGCAAGGGAAUCUAAUGAGUGUGUCACCGGUUUCAAUGACGUCCAAUGUCACUGGAUCAAAUGUUCACAUUGGGUCAACACGCUCUCGGGCACCAAUGCUACAGAGGUCAGACUCUACGAGCAGUGGUAGUAAUCAAGAAUCACCAAAAUCAUGUCCAAGCACAUCCAGCAACGUUAAUUCAACUCCGUCACCUAGUGCUAGUAAUGAAAGAGCACCACAGAGUCCAAGUCAACUGUGUGCUGUUUGUGGUGACACUGCUGCUUGUCAGCAUUACGGAGUACGUACUUGUGAAGGUUGUAAAGGAUUUUUCAAGAGGACUGUUCAAAAAGGAUCUAAAUAUGUUUGUUUAGCUGAAAAAUCAUGUCCUGUUGACAAACGACGUCGUAAUCGAUGUCAAUUUUGUCGAUUUCAAAAGUGCCUGAUGGUCGGUAUGGUCAAAGAGGUUGUCAGAACAGAUUCUUUGAAAGGUCGACGAGGUCGACUUCCCUCCAAGCCAAAAUCUCCUCAAGAAUCACCGCCCAGUCCGCCCGUUACACUGAUCACUGCGUUAGUACGAGCGCACGUUGAUACUACUCCUGACGUUGCUAAUUUAGAUUACUCACAGUACCAUGAGCCAGGCGUACCAGCACCUUUGGUAACAGACGCUGAAAAAGUCCAGCAAUUUUAUAAUCUCCUUGCGACGUCCAUUGAUGUUAUUCAUAAUUUUGCCGAAAAAAUUCCUGGAUUUACGGAUCUCUUAAAAGAAGAUCAAGAGUUACUCUUCCAAUCAGCAAGCUUGGAACUUUUUAUUCUUAGGUUGGCUUAUCGCACGAGAGUCAGUGAUAAUACUUUAACAUUUUGCAACGGUGUUGUACUAUCACGAACACAAUGUUACCGAUGUUUCGACGAGUGGCUAUUCAAUAUCCUUAAGUUCUGUCAUGUUCUUCAUAGUGUAGAAAUUGAUGUCAGUGCAUUCGCAUGUCUCUGUGCGCUUACACUCGUUACAGAUCGAUAUGGUUUGAAAGAACCACAGCGAGUAGAAGAUUUACAAAUGAGAAUAGUAUCAUCACUACGUGAUCAUGUUACCUACAAUUCAGAAGCCCAGAGAAAAACUCAGUACCUGUCACAUUUAUUAAGUAAACUCCCCGACUUAAGGAGUCUUGCUGCACAAGGUCUUCAGCGAAUUUUUUACCUCAAGGUGGAAAAUCUUGCACCGAUGCCACCUCUUAUUGAAUCUUUAUUUGUUAAUAGCAUUCCCUAUUAAAAAUACAAAAAAAAACAAAAAAAAAAAAAGAGAAAACAUGACAUACUCAUUAAUUAUAGUUAUCAUUUAUCAUAAACUCGAUUAAUAUUUCAUUAAAAAUAAUCUUUAAACUUUUAAAUUAUAAAUAUUUUCAUAUAAUACACAGUAAAAAAUUAACGGAGUAAAUCCGGAGUCGAUGACCGUUUAUUUAUUUAAUUCUCCCGAAGUGAAAUUUACCCCGAAGGAGAAUUUGUUUUAAUAUUAAAACUUUGAAUCGGAUUGAAUGUGGGUUUAAAUAAAAUCCAGAUCACUCCGAAAUCACUCCGCUAAAAAAAAUCUCCCUAUUUACUCCAUAUGCGGAGUGAUUUUUUUUAAAACUCCGAAACUCCGAGUGACGGAGUGAACUCGGAUUCAAAUAAAAUCCAUAAUCACUCCGACUUCACUCCCAAUUUUUUAUAGUGUAUAAUUUUAUAAAAAAUUUAAACUUUGAAAUAAUUCAAAAAAAGUUCCUAAUCUUUAAAUAAAUUUUUAUUUCAAUAAAAUUAUUUAAAAGUUUUACAAUUAAAAAAUCUUUAUUAUUUUUUUUUAAUGUUUAAAAAUUAAAAUUUAAAGGAUAUUUCAAAGAAAUAUUAAUCUCAAAAAAAUAUAAUUAUAAUAUACAUACAUAUAAAACAAAAAAAAAGAGAAUACACGCCUUACUUUAACAAUAAGCUCCUCUCACGUACCCAAAUUGAUAAUUAUUAUAUUAAUAAAUAAUUAUUAACGUGAGAAGUAUGAGAAUUAUUUAUAUAAACAUAUCAGGAUAUCGAGAUGAUCAGUCGUUACGACAAAUAAUCUAUUUUGCGAUGGAUAUUUUUUUCAUCUUUCUCACGAUUUAAUAUAUUUAAUAAAUCCCUUUAAUGUUUUAUAUUAAAUAUAAAUAUAUAUAUAUAUAUAUAUAAAUAUAUUCACAACGAGGCACGUAUGACAAAUACCACAUGAUAAUCGUUGAGUGAGAUUUUAAAGUAAAAAGAAAAAAUAAAUAAAUUAUCAAUUCAUAAUUAUUGAUAAUAAUAUUAAUUAAUAAAUAAAUAUACAAAUCGACCCUUCGAUCAGUCCUUAUACAUUUAUGUCUAUGUGAUUUUAGUAAUUUAAGACUUAUUAAAAUAAUCAUGGUGUCGUCUUGUUUUAUAAUUUAUCAAAUUUUAUAAAUUGAAAAAAAAAAAAAAAUGUAUAUGUUAGUUGUAAUAAAGACCGUGGUGAUAAAUUUGUAAAAAAAAUAAACAAAAUGAAUAAAAAAAAAAAUCAAGACGGCAUUAGAGUAAAGUUACCCAUUAUUUUAUAAUAUUAAUUUUAAUAAAGAAACUAAUAUAUAAAAAGUCGAGUGAAAAUAAAAAAAGUGAAUUAAUGUCUUUAUACAUAUUUUAUGCUAUUGUUUAUAAUUGUUUAUAUGAUUGUUAUUAUUCAUUUAUGUUAAUUAAUUCAUUAUUAAAUAUAUAUACAUUUUAUGUUAUUUUAAGAUUAAUUAAUCUGCAACAGAUUUAAAUUUGUCAUCAACAAAAAAAUCCUAUAAUCAUUACUGAUAAUUGCAAUUAUUAUGAUUAUUUGUAUUGAUUACUGUAUAAUUAAAUUUAAAAAAAGGAAAAAAAAUGAGAAAAAAAAUGCCUGCGAUGUGUAAUGAACUUAAUUAAUCGUGCCUCUUAGAAAAUUUUCCUAUUGUCUAUUAAUUAUACUUACUAGUGAUUGCUCUACGACAAUUACAAUAAAUAAUUUGUAAUAAUAACUUUAAAAAAAAAAAAAAAAUAUCUUUUAUUACAUUUUCCGCUGUGAUUAAAGUACAAAAGACAGCUUAGAUAUCAAGUUUUAAUUAUAUUUUUAAAAAUCACGUUCUUUAGCUCGUGAUGUUCUAAGCACCCUCUUGUAGAAUUGUUCGUGUAUUGAUUUUAAGUUUUAUUAAUAAAAAAAUAAAAUUAUACAUUGAAAAAAGAAAAUAAAUAAAUAUAUCUAUUAAUUAUAAAUCAAUCAAUGAUAAAUAAAAUAGAUAAAUAAAUA